UUUUUUUUUUUUCAUCAGCUCGUUUAGUGCAUGGGCGAUCACACGGGGAAGGACUAGUGCAAGUCUACGCUAAUGGUACAUGGGUCUGGGUGUGUGCUGAUCAGUGGGACAAACAGGCUGCUGAAGUGGCUUGCAGGAUGAUGGGGUUUGAUGGAUCAACAGCAUCAUCUCUCGAGUACGAAAACGAAAAAAAAAUGGAAGUCAGGUUGUGGCUUAACAACAUAAAAUGCACUGGAAAAGAAUCUACUCUUCUCCUGUGCCACCACGGCAUUUCGGUGGAAUCACAAAACUGUAAAGGAAAAAGAAAAGCUGGUGUGAAAUGCAAACCAAAAGGUAGGGAAAUAUCUGAAAUUAUAGCGUAGUAUUGUCUUUAUUCAGCUUUUACAGUUAUUUCUAGAUUAAAAAAUUAAUAUUGUUAAUUAAUUAUUGCUUUCCAUUUUUCUGUAAACAACGGAUCAAUGCUUGAAAAUAGUGAAUAUGAAUUAAAUCACUCUGAAUUGAAGAUGUGACAUGGUACAUCAAAAAUAAUAAUAUAGUAUGAAAUGAUAAUAACAAUUUAUUCAAAUAUUUCCUGAUAUUUUUUUGAGUAACCUUGCCGUCGCCCCUCUGUUUCCUUAGACAAAAAAAAUGCUCGAUUGAAGUUCAACAUCUGACGUUACCAUGAUUGUUUUGUUUUUGAGUCAAAACGUGCUCCCUCGAUCAAAUGUAUUUCUAGCAGGGGAGGCUAACUUUGUGCAAGCUAUGUGUAGGUCCCUAGAAAGGUCACCUCAGGACACCCGGAUGGAUUUAAUUUGUACAGCCGCCCACGCCUCAUCUCCUUGGCCCGGCCACUUGGGCGCAACGACUUUCAGCCUUUUUAGUUUAUAUCCGUCGAGUUUGUCAAAGUCUGCUGGAUUUAUUUCUUUAGCUGGGGAAGCUUUAUCUUUUCUAUAUCUAAUGCUACCCUAUUUCUACGAUCCGAGCAUGUUUAUUUACCGUUUUAUUCGAAUUUCGUGGAAAAAGGUGUGUUGGAAAGGGAGCAUGGCGGCCGAGAUGUCAUCUCGUGCCUUCUACCUUGUGUAUUAUAUUGUAUGGAGGGUGAUUAAACAAAUUAUCACAACAAUUCGCUUGAGCAUCAAGGACACCAACAAUUGACUGUAGACCAAGUUUCACUUUGUCCUUUAUUUAGUAUUUUCUACAAAUUUUAGGAUCGUAUUUUUACCCUAUACAAACACUGUAAUUUUACUCUAGAACCACACUGUGGUUCCAUCACAUAGCCUGGGUUGCCUGUGCCUGCUACUCACUUUCUAACACGCAUAGAUCAUUAGUGUCUUUGACCAUUCAGAUUGUAGAAUUCGCGAUAGUAUGCCAGUAAAAUUCUACUAAAAGAAAACAAAUCAUGAAAAGAUUCUAUCAAAAAUGGUAAAACAUGUAUAUUUUGAUCAAUAUUCAAUUUUGUUUUUCGAUCCCAAACUAGAAAUUUAGAAAUUAGAACUCUCAAAAGAUUUUGUUUGUACGGCAGCCCAUUUGGUUGUUGAUAACAGUAUUGAACCUCAUGGCAGUAAGGGCCGAGUCGAGGUGUUUUACAAUGGAACCUGGGGACCAGUGUGUGGUGAUUACCACUGGGAUUUCACGGAUGCCAACAUAGUCUGCCGUCAGCUUGGAUUUCCAGGGGCUCUGGUGACAGCCAGAACCUCACAAAGCAGAAGACGUGCUUCGGGCCAAAGAGAAAUGUGGUUUCGAAGUCCAAGAUGUGAAGGAAAUGAGAUGGACUUAACAAAUUGUUAUCACAACGGGUGGUCAAGCUACUGUUAUGACAGAAAGGAAGCGUAUGUGAAAUGCAUUACAGGUGACGAAUCUUUUUUUUGUUUUGACGUGAAAUUAGACGUAUUAAGAAACAAUAGGAGCAACACAAUAUGUUGUCACUAGAUGUAUCUUGUCAAGAGACCAUGAUCUUUUGCGAUCGUUCAAUAACUAGACAACAGUUUAUUAACCACACCUCACACACAGCAGUAGUUCACUAUGACCACGUGCACUUGACCGUUGACCAAAACGGCAAGGGGAAACAGAUAGAAGUACAUAAAGUUUUUGUAAUAUAAAGUUGUAUUAACUGGUAAGUACUCAAUUACAUAGCAAUCUGACAUAAGUACUAAACUGAGAGAAACAGCUAUAUGGUACACUUAUUUAGUUCUAGUGAGCUCACUCAGUUAUGUCACAGGAACAUAGACUGGUGGCAAUUUUAUAAAUUAAAAAGUCUACUUAGAAGGUAUGUCAUUCUCAGCAGGGGCACAGUGAGCAGACCUGGAAGAGGCGCUCUAUUUAUUUAUUUAUUUAUUUAUUUAUUUAUCACAGUCUAUGGUCAAAGGCCAAAGGAUAAUCUCUAAAGUAGUCAUAAAACCCACAUAAAAACAGAUCACCUAUAAAAGGGAAAGUACGUAAACUCGGUAUAAAACAUAGGUUUGAAAGUAAACAACGCGCGCACUGACAAAACAGAAAAAUAUGACAUAUUUUAACAGUUCAGAAAAAAAAAGUUUCUUAGAGUCGCUUACAGCACGUUUCAAACUUUUAGACGUGGUGUUUACUGGAGUCAGGGGUUGUCACUUAAAGGCAGCUGUCGCAAAAUUGAAGUUGGACGGUAUAAUAGCUAGAGAAGAGGUUUAAAAUUCGCAUAGUUAUCUGAAACCUAUGCUGUUUGCUGCUGACCUUGAGCUUCAUAUAUAAUGCCUUUUCUUUAUCGUCUUUAUUCUAACUUUUAGCUCGUUUAGUCGGAGGACAGACACCCAGUGAAGGACUAGUGCAAGUUUACCAUAACAAUACUUGGGGCUGGGUGUGCGCAGAUCAUUGGAACAAACGAAAUGCUGAUGUGGCUUGCAGAAUGAUGGACUUUAAUGGAUCAUUAUCACUAAAUUUUAGUCAUAAAGAUGUUAAGACAAAUUUCAAGGUCUGGCUCAACAAAAUGAAUUGUUUUGGAAAUGAAAGUUCUCUGUUUGAAUGUCGUCACGACGGUCUAGGAUCACACAACUGUGAGCCGGGAUUGAGGAAAGCUGGUGUAAUUUGCAGAUCAAAAGGUAAAAUAGGGAAAUACAAUUCCGCGUUUAUCUGACUCUAGUACACUGUAAAGAGUUCGUUCAUAGUAUCUUCUCUCAAAGCGUAAGUUUCAAAAGGAAUACUUGCAUUGCACUGUGAACGAUCGUGACCGGGAUUGAAAAGACGCUCUAAAUACUAGCAAGAGGUACAAAAACAAAAGCUAGACUACUAUACCGCAGUUAAACACUCUUUGAAAGUUUGAAGUUUGAAGUUUGAAAACUAUAAUUCAGGGGAUCACCUCAUUUGAAACGGAUUGUUUUGAUCAGUCGUCAUGAAACUUGACAAACAGUUUUAGCUCAGUAGCCUUAAGAAUAUGUGACAUAAUUUUUAGUCACGUGACCUACAAAUGAUCGUUAAUGGUCAAAGCGGGGGAAUGGAAAUGAAAGAGCAGCAAACAUUCUUAGGCACCAGUGUUUUUCCCAUGUCUUGGAUGUUAUGAAAUAGCCUUGCGUGUAUACCUAAGUGGAGCAAUGAUUACGCCAUAAAGAUAAACAGGUCAAGUGACUUAUAAAAGACUAUAAUAAGUCUUAAUAAAAAUGCUUUAAUCCACGCUGCAAGGCUAAUUGACAAUCCAGGCAGCUUGGCUGAUAAUUUGAUGACAAGUAUUUUUAGCCUGAAGUUUAACAGCCUUACCCCGUUUGAGAAAACAUGUUUUGUGACGUCAUGGUCCAAGGAAUGUCACGUGAUACUUGGGACGACUUUUCCAAAACUAUUUUAAUGAGAUAUUUGUUAUCAUAUCUUUGUGGAACCCUGUAUAUGGAUCUUUCUGCGUCAUUAAAAAGAUCUUUGCAUUCUCUGUGGGGGGAGGGGGGGGGGGGGGGGUGUUUUAUCUCUCCACAUCUGCGCUCUGUACCUAUCGUAGUGUGAUGAUAGAUGUGUAUGGUUGUUUGCAAAUUAUUUCUUGCAGUUUUUUUUGUACAUUAGUUUUUGGAGCCUUGGUAUUGGCAUCUUCGUGUCCCAUAAAAAUGUUUUUUCUCUUCGGGGUGGCGGGGGGGGGGGGGGGGGGGGGGUCUUUUUGGCCUUUCAACCCAUGCGUUAACUCUGACUUUCGAACCAUACAAGGCAACAUAGUUCCUGGCCCCAGUUUUCUGCUCCUAGAAACAGAACUGUUUAAACUAAACCCUAUAUGUUCAGAUAAGUCUUCUUUACACGGCAGUUCGAUUGGUUGGUGGACGUAAUGUGUCAUCGCAAGGCCGCGUGGAACUGUUCUAUAAUGGAACAUGGGGAACAGUGUGUGGCUACAACUGGAAAUUAAGGGAUGCCAAUGUAGUUUGCCAUCAACUUGGCUUUGAAGGAGCUCAGUCUGCAUUGAUCAAGACACAGACAGUUUUUGGGCGGGGAAAAGGAAACAUUUGGUACUUUCAAUUACGGUGCAUAGGGAAUGAAAGCUCAUUAACGGACUGUGGACAAGGCGUAUGGUAUUCCAGCUCUUGUAGCUAUCACUCUGAUGACGCUGGUGUGGUAUGCAGAACAGGUACUAAAAGUUAUAAAACAGUGAAUCUCUUUAUUUUGUUUUGCCAAAAAUUUUAUCAUGUGCAAAAAGUACCUAUCGCAAGACAAGCAAGCAAGCAAAAAUAAACACUCGCUUGUUUCUAUUCUAUCCAUCAGCUCGUUUGGUGGAAGGACGGCAAUCCCCCCGAGAAGGACUGGUACAAGUUUAUUACAACAAGACUUGGGGCUGGGUUUGUGCUGAUCAGUGGGACAAAAAAGAUGCUGACGUGGCUUGCAGAAUGAUGGACUUCAACGGAUCACUGUCAGCGUUUUAUGACAGCGAAAAAAUUAUGCAGAUAAAACCUGCUGUGUGGCUUAAUAACAUGCAGUGUACUGGAAAAGAAAGUUCUCUCUUUUUCUGCAAGCAUGGCGGUUUGGGAUCUCAUGAUUGCAAGGCAAAGGCUGGUGUAAUAUGUCGACCGAAAGGUAAAACUAAAACCCAAGAAACUAAAAGUAAAAGAAAAUAAGGGAAAGGUAAAAGAAAAAGUGGCAAAUAUCUCUUUGAACUUUUCAUAUUACAUGUAUUUGGUUUGGUAAUUGCAGUAAGUUUAGUCAUGAAGUACUUUCCUUCCUCAUAAUCAUCUUCCGAACGAUCAUUUACUCGGAUGACUCGAAUUCCCCGCUAACUCGAACUGUUUUUCCUUUCCCUUCAGAGUUCGUCAGGGGUUCUACUGCAAAUAUGUAGUACUAGUAAUAAACCAAAUAAUUAAGAUAUAUAGUUGAGGUAAACAAAUGGCAUGACUAAUUUGUUUCUUAAUGUGAUUGUGUGGCAGAUGUUUAUGAACUUUUAAGGAACCUUUACGGGUAAACUAAAUUCCCUCCACAAUUAUAUAAAACUAAUUAUAUAGUACUUGAUCACGUAAUUACUCUAAGAUGUGGCUUCAUGUAUAUAACUCUACUCUAGAUUUUACAGUUCAUUUUUUACUAAAUGUACUUCACCCCGUUGCUCUCAUGCAAGUUCAUUAUUAUACCCUGUCGACCAACUAAGAAGAAUUUUGUUGUUUUUUGUUUACUCUUGAGUACAUGUAAAGGUCGAUGUAUUUCAACCGGCACACUUAAUAAUACAGCCUAUUAAACUUUCUCUCAAUGUACAGUUCGAUUGGUUGGUUGGGGUAACGAUUCUUCUCAAGGCCGAGUGGAAGUGUACGUCAAUGGAACCUGGGGAGGAGUGUGUAGAUACGGUAACUACUGGGAUUUAAAGGGCGCCAACGUAGUUUGUCGUCAACUUGGGUUCAAGGGAGCUGUCGCAGCAACUACAUCCUCGGAUUUCCGGCAAAAAAAAUUGAUAUUUAACCUACAGUGCAAGGGAAACGAGAUGUCAUUGACAAAGUGUGAACAUGUGGUAGCUCCCAAAGGCGGCAAAUACUGUUUAUACGACGCGGCCGCAUGUGUAGUGUGCAUUACAGGUACUACCAAAUGCAAUAAUUAUUAUGGUGCAGCCCUGAACGGGGUCAAAAUAGCUAUUACCUGUAUUCAGUUUUAGCAGGAGAUUGAAACAAAAUUAAACGGAAAAGAUUGUGAAAAAUUACAGUUGAGGCCUGAUUUAGAUUUGUAAAGAUCAUUGGCGUUGUAUUUAAGCAAUAGAAAACGUUUCCCGUGUUUGCAUAGCCUUAUACACGAGAAGGGUUGGGAGAAUUCGAGACAGUUUUGCAAACCCGAGACAAAUCCGAGGGUUUGCAUAAAUGUCGAGAACAAAGAUUGGCUAAUAACAAAAUUUGACUGAGUUUUUUUAAAAUUAGUUGUUUACCUUCGGAGUUAGACUGUUUUGUAUUGUAUACAAAAGUCGAGUAUAACAUACCAUUACCACGGAAGCACUGUGCUUACUCCGAAAUCCAUAUUGUAUAAAGUCAUAAAUUUAUAUUAUAUAUUUGAUAAAAAAAAAAUUGGGAUUAAAGUCUUUUUCAUAAAUUUUUCAAAUAUGCUAUAAGUAUAAAUUGAUACCAUGAAAUCAAGAUAUAUUGGCGGCCUAAUAGUCCUCAGGGAGAGGGUUCUUCCUUUAUCAAGAGUAUAAGAAAAAUAAAAUUAAGGGGAAAUCAGUGCAAGUAGUUAUGGGUAGUGUCUCUGGUUGGAUUAGAUUUGCUUGUUUCAAAAAUUUAAUGGUAAGGGAUUUAAGUCCAUAGGCUUUAUAAGAUAACUUUAUCCGGGGUUUCAGUUAGGAGUUUUGUGUAUGCGUAAAAACUAAUAUUGUUUAAAAGUAACGAAAAGGGAAGUAAAAUGACAGUUUUAAAACUUGCUUUCAGAAAAAGGUCAGUACACAAAUUCAUCAGACGAAAAAACAGCGGGGUCGAAAGGUAUGUCUGAUCACAAUAAUUAUAAUUUAUUACAUUUAAUAUAGCGCUUUAACUCAUAAUUUGUAAACAAAUUUUAAUUUGAAAGAAAUAAUAAGGGCUAAAAAUUAAAGACCGUUAUCAGCUAGCAAAAAUUAGCUGAAAAUGUGCGAUUGUGACUAUUAAUGUUACCAGAAGUUGAGCUGGGAAUGCCACAUACAGAGUAUUUGUAAAAAGAUUGCUUCUGCUUUGGGUGCAAUUAAAAGAAUAUGACAUCUUAUUCCUUUUAAUGUAUUAAUUAAUGUUAAAGACAGUUUAAUUCAACCGCAUUUUGAUUACUGUAAUGUCGUAUGGAGCAACUGCGGCAUUGGUCUUUCCGAUAAGCUGCAGAGGCUCCAAAAUCGUGCAGCCCGUAUUCUAAUGUACGCUAAUUCUGAUUGUAAUGUGGACGAUUUGUUCCUGGCAAUGGGAUGGCGUAAGCUUAAACACCAAAGACAAGCAUCGACGGCUAUUAUGAUGUAUAAAACCGUACAUGGGAUGACUCCCGACUAUCUAACAUCUAAAUUUGUAUCUCGUGACGAAAUAACUUCUUAUCGAUUGAGGAAUACUGAAAAUAAAUUAGUCCUUCCACUGCCCCGUACCAAUUAUUUAAAGAAAAGUUUCUCCUAUAGCGGAGCUAAGCUGUGGAACAGCCUAUCCCAUGAUUUAAGAUCUGCAGAUUCUUUACAUGAUUUUAAACGCAAACUGUGUCGCAACAGUUUUGAAUGAGAUCAUACAUUAAUACAGUUUUACACGGCAUCCUUGAAAAGCAGCUUUUAUUUGUAAAUAGCUAGGUAGUUAAAAUUUUAUGAAUAUAUUUUUAAUCAGAGUUAGUUUAGUUAGGUAUAAUAGAUCUUAGAUUUUUUGUACAUGCUGAAGGAAUUUUAACCGUGUUUAAAUAAAGUUAUCUAUCUAUCUAUCUAUCUAUCUAUCUAUCUAUCUAUCUAUCUAUCUAUCUAUCUAUCUAUCUAUCUAUCUAUCUAUCUAUCUAUCUAUCUAUCUAGAAGUGCUUGAUUAUAUCGGGUGUGGUAUUAAUUAGUGCUAGACUUUUUCUCCAGUCUAUGUGAUCACCUAGUACUAAUCAUGAUGGAAUUAGACAAUCACAGGUUAAAAAAGACAGUAUUUUUUAGUGUCUAAUGGUUAUAAUUGGUUAACAAUUAGGUCUCUGGCACAAGGUUAGUUACACCCCUGUGUGCUUUGGAACAAAAGAUGAUCAGUUUGGAAGGUUCUUUGUUCCAUCAAGUGGCAAUUUGGCUGCCCUGAAGUUGGUACACCUGUACGGUUACGUGUCCUGUGACCCGAAAUCAAAUACUCGCUGGUCUUACUGGGGCUGUGCUGGACCGGAAGUAAACGUGGUGGUAACCAAUUCGACCAACCACGUCCUUCUCCCGGCAGACGAGUUUAGCUCUAAUUCUGUUACAAAGUGGUUUAAUAUUCCU